GUUCAAAGUGUCAUGGCCCGUCAGAAUUAUACGUAAAUAUUAGCAAAUACUGAAUACGCUGUCUCGUGGUUGCACUACAGUUAUGUGAUAUGAUUCAAUCUAAUUUUUGGUCCAAAUUUUAUAAUUAUGGAAAAUGAAGUCGAAGACAUUGUAGGUGACGUUAUAUAUACCGACUCCCAAAAAAGUGUGACCACGUCAGCGCUAUAUUCAUUAGACUUUACAGACAGCAGUUCAGACAAAAAUAAUUCAACUGGUAAAGAUACAUACGUCAUAGAUUAUGAUAGUGACGAUAGUGACAAAACAUUCCAAGUGCAUAAAAGUGAGAGCAAAAUAAAUUUAACAGAUAAAGAAUCGAUUUUAAAUGUAAAACAAGAGUCUAAAGCUACCAAUCCAGUAUACUCAAUGGAUAAGUCCGCUGGCUCAAGCUUACCAGUAUGUAAUAUUAUAGCUCAGGAGAUAUUCACACAAACCAGCAAGACGAUUAUUGAACUGGCUCAAAAAGACACAAAAAAAACAACAGAAAACACACUGGAAACACAAACUUCAUUUGUAUCUAUAACCGAAAACAAAUCAAUAGAGUACAAAAUACAUAUACUUGGAAGAAAUUGUAGCUAUAAUAGUGAUGAACUGAGAGAAAAACAAUAUACAAAUGAAAAUCUGUUUAAACAAAAUAUUCAAAACAUACAAAACUAUAGCAAUAACGUGAUUUUAACGAAUACUUUUGAAGACACCGCCGCAGUUUUCUGUAUAUUAGAAAACAACAAAAACACAGAUGUAAAGAUUGUAGAUAAGUCAGCUGAAGACGUUAUUCGUUUCAUUGAAGAUGAAUCAAAGGAAAAUGCGGAAAAAAAAAGUCCAAUUACAACCCAUGACAGCUACGCCAGUGAAUUUGAAUCAAGUAAUUUUGACUCUGAUAUCGAAAAUGAUUCUUUGAUGGAAAAAGAAUAUUUUGAUAGUAAGACUAAGAGUAGAGACGAUAACAGUGAAACGAGUGAGAUGCUGAAUUCUAUUGACAGUGACGUUGAAGAACUGUAUAAUAAAUUAUCAAAGAGUCCUCAGUUAUUAUCACCAAUUUUAUCGGUGGAACCGCCUAUCCGUAAUUUUUGCUUAUUGUCACCACUAACAGAAGAAACAGUACAGAAGAAAGAGAGUAUAGUUGACGUAACGCCAAGUCUACAAACAUUAACUAAAACUAGCGAGUACAGCGAUAACGAUACCCUCUUUGAAAACAAUGCCAGCAUGAAAGUAUCUUUAUUCUCAGAUCGCGACAGCACAGAAGAGCACAACCAUUUAAAAUUGCCUCCUAUUCAUAAAAAUGAGUCGUGUCCAAAUCCCCAUCUAAAUUUUUUAUUUACUCUAAAUAAUCAAAAAAAUAUCGAGAAAACUGGCAUGCUGCCUUCCUUAUACGAGAGACAGAAUGAACAAAUUGAUAGAUGGGAAAUAGGUACCAAAAAUUUAGCAUCCGGUGAAAGUCCGCAUAUAAACAAAAAUAACGGACCAAUGAAGAUUACAAAAGAUACUAUUCACUUACCUUCAAUUCAUUUAGAAGGGUUGCCUAACAACACUAGCAACAGAACAAAUUGUUUUACAUCAAGUAUACAACAAUCGUCAAUCAAUGGUUCCUUCGAUAUAAUCAGUAUUCAAGGAAAAAUAAAGGAGCUUAAAAUGAGUUCUAAUAAAACAAGGCCUAAAUACUCAAGCAGGAGUGGGUCGCCCAGUAGCUUGUCGUCUCCGAAUGAAACCCGGAUAUGUGAUACAGCUGAAAAAGCAUGUGACGUUUUCUGCGCUGAACUACUACGUAGACUACGAUCAUCAUCUUGGCUCGAAAUAAAAGAGACGUUAGAGGAUUUACCAAGAGCUUUUGAAAAAUUUUGGUCCGUUGUCACGGAGAAUCGCAUCGCUGAUUUAAUAAGACAGGUGUCGCUGCACAUAGAUUCUCCGCGUACGCAAGUCGCGCGUGCAGCUUGCAAGACACUCGCGGAAAUAUUAAAAAACACCAACUAUACUAAAAAACCUGACUUUUACGAAGCUAUGUCAACGUUACUGACGAAGACUGGCAGCUACAAUCGGCCCGUGAGGCGUGAAGCAAAUGUUGCUCUCGACGACAUCGUAUGCAGUGUCGACGUCACGCACUGUGUCGCCGCCAUCUGUGUUUAUGGAGUUGGUCACAAGAGCGUAUUAGUCCGUUGCUCAUCCGCUCGUCUCCUCGUUGUAUGUUGCGCCCUCGCAGAAGGAGGCCGACAGAUCUUGCGCACGCGUCCGCCAUCCGCUGCAGCAGCACGGAGACACGCUUUACGCUCACUCGCGGAACUACUACAAGACAAAAAUACUGACACGAGGAAAUACGCUGAACGUCUAUAUGCAAUAUUAAGACCACUUCCGAACUUCGAAGCGUACUUCCUAACGGAUGUGGACGUGGAACUUGCUUCAAAACACAUGAAGAAAUAUGAUCAGCUGUUAAAUAACUCUAAAUCCAGGUGACUGCUACCAGGUGCCUCGAGACUUGUUGAUUCGUUUGCUAGUACAUAAUAAUCAGCUUUAAGAUCUUUUGUAUUUAUA